ACACGUAUAUGAUUUCGAAAACAGUAUUCACCACUUGAUUUUUGCGCACGUGCCAUGGAAUUUUUUGAGUUUGCUACCCGCGUCUUUUUACACAUUGAAAAUCGAAUUAAUUUACAUGCUUGUUUUUUUCUUUUCUACGCCGAAAGAAGCGGUUACGGUGUUUUUUAAGCGAGGAGAUCCCGAGGUCGUGUCCUUUUGUCACAAGUGAUGUGUGAAAUACAGAAAUAAUGUGAACAUUUACAUAUAAAGAAAAUAUGUAAGAAAUAUUGAUGAAUACUAGUAAGGAACAAUAAAAUUAACCACGUUUAAUUAGAAACGUAUGCAUAAAAUAUAUUUUGUGAAAAAUUUGGUAUUUGAAAGUUACAAAAAUGACAUUGUAUACAGAUGAUUAUAUCUAUACUAUGAUGCAUAAUUAUAUGUUAUGCCUAAGGCUAAGAAGAAACCUUACCUUAAAAAGGUAAGGGAGAUGCGAGAAUAUAGACGCCAAAAAUUAAGAUCAGAAACAGAAGAAGAACGCGCCAUUAGACUAAACAGCGCUGCGGAGAGAAUGAAGAACGCCAGAGCCAAAGAGACAGAGGAGCAAGCAGCCAUAAGAAGAAUGCAGGAAGCUCAACGUAUGGCUAGGCACCGUGCUAAGAAGAAGCGUUGUUUGGAUGAAAAUUUAGCAAGAGAAAUAUCAAAAAUUGCUGAACUUUCAAAAAUGCCUGAUGCUGCAACAAUAGCUCAAAUGUCAGAGAUGAAUAUGAAUAAAAUUUCUGCAGAGCUAAAACAAAUGAUGGAAAGAGGAAAGGUUCCAGAGCAUAUAGUUCAAAUGGCUCAACUAGCCGAAUUCAGUAAGAUGACUGAAUUGAAUAAAAUGUCUCAGGACAUGGCCAAGAGAUAUGAAAUGGAAAAAAUGGCAGAAUAUGCCAAAACAACAGAGUAUAUGAAGAUGCAAGAAAUUGCAAAGAUGUCUGAAAUUGCUAAAAUGAAUGAAAUGGUUAAACUUUCAGAAAUGGCAAAAUAUAAUGACAUAACAAAAAUCAAUGAAAUUGCAAAAAUGAAUGAGAUGAUGAAGAUGUCACAAAUGGCAAAGAUUAAUGAAGUGCAACGAAUGAAUGAAAUAGCUAAAUUAAAUGAAAUGGUGAAAAUGACGGAAAUGGCCAAAUACAAUAAUGACAUAACAAAAUUGAACGAAAUUGCACAAAUCAAUGAGAUGGCUAAAGAAAUUGCAAAGAUGAAUGAAAAAACGAAGAUGAAUGAAAUGAUUAAGAUGGCAAAUAUACAAAAUGAUAUCACAAAAAUGCCUGAAUAUUCGAAAAUGGCAGAGAUGGCAAAAUUAACUGAACUUGCCAAGUUAAAUGAGAUAACAAUAACAAAGUUAAAUGACCCUCCACCACCACCACCAAAGGUACCAGAAAUUCCACGAAUUCCUGAACCUGUGAUCACAGUGCCAAACCCAAGAAAUUUACAAAAUGUUCAAACUGUUCAAGUAGCGCAAGCUAGCCCAUCCAGUACAAUAAACUUCCCUACUGUGCCUGGACAGGGUAAAUAUGCUCAGUUAUUGGUUAUUAUCGAGGAACUUGGAAGAGAUAUUCGUCUUUCGUAUGCUGGAAGUCGUAGCGCGGCCGAGCGUCUUAAAAUGGGUAUCCAGCAUGCUAGAAUUCUUGUAAGAGAAUGUUUAUUGGAAACAGAACAUAAUGCACGGCAAUGAUCUGCCGACAUACUUAGUGACUAGAUUUUUAGUCGAUUAUUUUACAGGAUAAUGCUAUGUACAUUGUAUGAAGUACAGCAGUAUAUUUUAAAGGGAGUGUCUUAGCAUCCACAAAAAUGUGCUUGUACACGUAGCAUUUAUUGUUUGAUAUUUUAUACGACCAAUUGUAUGUUUGUUAAAAUAAAUCUAAGCAGCGAGUAUUUUUAAACAAUGAAGAGAUCAUGAUAACAGUAGUUUUGUAACUUCAUAUCACUUUUAGUAUCAACUGAACUAACACGAAACGUGCAUUUUUGUGGACGCCUAAAAGAAAUUAAUCAUUCGAUAGUGCAUAAUAUUGGAUAUAAAUAAAUGGAAAAGGCGAGAAGAUUAUUUCCAUCAUUUUUUCUUUUUUUUUUUUUUUAUUUUAAUUAAAGAGGACUUUAGAGCGUUUUUUAUAUAUAGAAUACAAGUCAUGAAGGAAUUAUUCCUUCUCAUUAAAUUAUCAGUUAGCAAAUAGAAAAAUUAACAUUAGACAGGGACUAUUUGUACAAGAGCUUUCAUUUAUAUUUUCUAAGAAAAAUGUAUUUGCAGUUUUGGUUAAAACUAUGGGUACCUAGUAAUUACUUACAAUAUACAUGCAGGAAAAGGUUGAUCAAACAGAAUGUACCUACGGAAAGUAUAAUCCUUGAAUAUAACUGACUACGAGGUAUAUCUAAAUAAAAAGAAGCAAUUUUCUAUAA